GCUGCUGUUGUGACAGGAGUACAUGUCCACACUGUUUCCUGUCCUCUGAUCUCCUCUUCUGACGGUCCUUCUCGGGAUGUCUGCCUAACGCUGCCCGGUCCUCCGGUGUGUUAAUCAGGAUGUCGGAGAGCAGCUCCACAGAGGUGUGUGUGAUCCCGGAGAACCCGCACUGUGGCCGGGUGUCUGAGCUCCGGAAGGCUGACCUGGCCCCCGGAGGCUCCCUGCUCCUCGGCUGUCUGAGGGACCGGGGCCGCCUGGAGGUGUGGGACCCAGCGGACAGAGAGGCUCCCCCGGCCGAGGCGGACGGGAGCUACGCGGAUUUCUGCUGGGAGGAGGAGGAGGAGGAGGCGGGGGGGCGGGGGUCCAGGCUGCUGGCUGUGGGCUCUCAGUUUGAUCUGAAGCUCCUGGAAGCAGACGACCGCCCCCCCAUCUCCCUGAGCCUCAGGUCUGAGGUUCCUGCAGAGCUCCUGCUGCAGACCCUCCGAGAGAGGGACCCCGGAGUGUGUGAGCUGCAGGCGCUGCAGGUGUUGUCGUUCUCUGCGGGCCGCGGCUGCCUGCUGCUCAACUGUGAUUGGCUGCUGCAGCUGCAGUGGCUGCAGACCGACGAGCAGCCACAGACGAUCUCCUGCUGCAGGAUCCACACACACUCUGCCGACAGCCACACACACUCUGCCAACAGCCACACACACUCUGCCGACAGCCACACACACUCUGCCGACAGCCACACACACUCUGCUGUGCACCGCUGUGUGAGCAGAGAGGCUGUGUUCAGCCUCAGCUGCUCCGGACUCAUCUCUGUGUGUAGCCUCAGUGAUGGCCGGCUCCUGGCCACCAUCAACCUCCCUCUGUACCUGUCCGCUGCUCAGCCGGAAGACGAGCUGCUCUCCUCCCCUUCCUUGUCCUGCGUCUCCUCCUCCUCUUCCUUCUGCCUCCUGCAGGUGUCGGCUGAUCUGAGCACAGCCGUCGCCGUCACUCUGAACCACAGCGCCGUCGCCGUGCCCCUGGACCACUACUUCAGUUUGUACCCGGACCACCUGCUGUGUGCCGCCCCCCCCUCCCGGCCCCCCCUGCGGCCCCUGCAGCCGGCGGACCAGGACAGCCUGUGGAGUUCCGGCUGCAGCCUCUCUGCCCUCGGGUCCACCUUCAGCACCGACCGCUCCUGGGAGGCUCGUCUGGCCUCCAUGUACAACAAAGCCAAGCCUCCUCCCUCGUCCUCCUCUACCUCCUCCUCCUCACCCCCCCCCUGGUCCUUCUCCCUCCCCCACCAGGACUCCCACUCGUCCUCCUCCUCCCACAGCAGGGUGCCUCUCGGCGGGGCGACCGUCUCCUUCUCCGUCCCAGAGUCCUCCGCUCCGUUGCUGCUCAUCGUGACCGAGUUUUCCGCCCAGCUGACCUUCGUCUCCCGCGGCAACACGCAGACUACAGUGGCAUUGUGGGAUAUGGAGUCCGGGAGCGUGACGCAGCACCAGGCGGAGGGCGAGGCGGCCCCGGUGCUGCGCUGCGGAGAGCGGCAGCACCGACUGCUGCUGAAGGACUCCGGUGUGUUUCAGGUCUUGUUCUCGGUGUCGCAGCAGGACUUGCUCAGCAGGCUGAUGUUGUUCGGCAGCGCAGCGACGGUGGACGCAGUCUGUCACCUGAACAACUGGGGGCGCUGUUCCAUCCCCAUCCAUUCCCUGCAGGCCGGCCUGAAGAACCGUCAGCUGGACACGGUGGAUUUCUACCUGAAGAGCAAAGAGAACAUCCUGAACCCCGAGACCGAUCAACCCCCCACACAGACCCUCGCACACAGUUUCCAGGAGCUGUGCUCAGCGUUGGACCUGCUCUGCUCGGCGGUCAGAGAGUCGAACAGUGAGGCUCAGAGUCGUCAGUUCUCCGAGCAGCUGCUGAACAUCACGCUGAGCUUCAUCAACAGACAGAUCCGCUCAGUGCUGACCAACACACAGCACGAGGACCUGAGCGUGCGGCGCUGCGUGGAGGUUCUGGAUCGGUACGUCACGGAGCUCCGGAGCUACAUGAAGAGGUUCCCCUGGCCUGUAGGGGGCGACACCUGCAGCACAAACUCCGCUGAUGCUGCACCCCCGCAGGAGGAGGAGGAGGAGGAGGAGAGGGUGGAGGAGGGGGACGAGUGGGAGCAGCUGCAGACAGAGGAAGUAGUGAGGCGCUCCAUCCUGACCAAUCAGAUGCCUCGGGCUCAGGCAGUGCUGAGGAGGCGGGGCCUGCAGGAGCAGCGUCUGUCGGCUCUGAGGAGGGGGGGUCUGCAGGAGGUGUUCACCUGUCUGCAGCACAGAGACCUGCACACUGCACACACUCUGCUCACUAACAUGGGUUUCAGCGUGCAGCAGCAGCUCCGCAGUAUCGUCCUCUACACCGACGACUGCGACCUGCGGGACUUCGUGGUGGAGCAGCUCUCAGGACGCAGGUUUCUCCUCGAGGAGGAGGUGCAGAGCGUGGAGUUCAUGAAGCAGAUGGAGAGGGUGGGGUCGUUGCCUGCAGCCCGCUCUGCAGAGACGCCAUCACACAGGGGGGUGCAGAUGGUGCUCAGGGAGGGGGGUGUUGGGGAGGAGGUUCUGCAGGAGCUGCUGCUAAGGAGGGAGGAAGAAAAGGAAGAGGGAGGGGGGCUCUGGAGGAGCCUCAGGCUGGACUGGGUCAGGAACUGGGACCAUAGCUGCAGGACGGCCGUGCUGCUGUCCAGACUGCAGCACACAGAGGUGACUUCCUGUGACUCCGCGUUGUUGUGGCGUUACCUGACGGCCCUCCACGACCGGCGGCGGGUCAUCGACUGGAUCCAGAGCGGGGGGUCCGGGGGGGGUGCUCGGUGGCCCGAGCUGACCCCGGAGCUGGUGAACGACAGCACGGCCUGCAGCUGCUUCCUGAGGGAGCACAUCCUGGACCUGCUGGCCAGGAGGGGGGUGCUGGUGCCGGAGGAGCUGUGUGACCUGCAGCUGCUUCUGUGGAGGCUUGCUCAGGGAGGGGGGGUGAUGUCUGCGUCUCCCCCCCUCCCUCAUUACCGCUCCCCCCUGGGUCUGGACCUGCACGGCCUCUUCAUCUCGUACUGCCUGCAGCACGGCCUGCACUUCCUGCUCUACAGUUACCUGCAGCACCACAGGUUGACCCCCAGGAACUGCCCCCAGCUGACCAAUCAGAGCCUGUCUGAGAGCCAGCCCUGGUUUGAGAUGCUGGUGAAGAUCCAGGAGAUCAGCACCGACCUCUCAGACCCAGGCCUGGUGUUCGCGGCCUCCCUCUCCAGCGCUCAGGUGUUGUUACCUGGCUCCGGGGCCUCCCUCAGCAGCCUCCUGCUGGAGGGCCACAGUCUGCUGGCUCUGGCUGCCCUCAUGUUCUCCCCCGGGGGAAUCGACCAGGUGGCGUCUCAGGGGGCGGUCCGGUCGGAGCGGACGGUGGACCCUCAGCUCCUGAAGAUGGCGCUGGCCCCCCACCCCAAACUGAGGGCCGCCCUGUUCCCCCCCGGGCCGAGAGGAGGCGGCGGCGGCGGCGGCUCCACCUCUGACGUCUCCGUCUACCACCUGCUGCAGGCGCUGCAUCCUCUGGACCCGUCCCGGCUGUUCGGCUGGCAGGCGGCAAACACCCUCAACUCCAGCGAGCUGUCGGAGCUGCCUCACUUCUCCAGCUCUCACCUGGUGAGCAGCUUCGCUCUGCUGGAGAACCUGGACUUCUUGUACUUCCUGCGUCAUGGCCGCCCCUCCUCUGCGUUCGCCACCUUCCUGCUGCAGCAGCUGAGCGGCUGCAGCGACGUCCCGCUGCUGCUGCAGCAGGCUCUGCAGCAGGUGACCCGGUUGGCCCUGCAGUGUGUGAGUGUGUCCUCGGUCACCGCAGCGUGUGUGUGUUUCUGCGAGCUGCUGGGAGUCUGCAGCCUGAAGCUGAGGGUCGACAUCCGAGCGCUGCACACCGUCCUGCAGUCACACAACACACACUCUGCUGCACAUCACACACACAACCUGGGUGUGCGGCUGGCGGAGGCGGAGGCUGGAGCAGCGGAGGAGCUGAUUGGCUGCCUGGAGGCUGCAGUGACAGACAGCCUGGAGGAGAGAGGCGUCGGCAGGUCGUCCUACGAGGCGGCUCAGGAUUGGUCGUUGCCGGUUCAGUUCUGUCAGCUUCACGCUCUGCCGCUCAGCUCUGUGUACGCCGCGCACUGCGCACAGGAUGCACACUUCAUCCACUUCCUGUUGUUUGUCCAGCUGCACAACUUCCCCCCCCAGCAGGUGAGGUUGCUGGCGGCUCAGUUUGGCCCCGCCCUGCAGGCUCACCUGAGUCUGGCCUUCCAGGAGCUGCAGGUGUUCAGCCAGAGGGGGGGGGGGCGCACUGGCCGAGCAACACAGACCCCCAACACAGAGGAGGCCCCCGAGAACCCCGAGCUUCUCCAGGUGCUCCUGAAGAGCCAGGAGGAGGCGGUGCCCGGCUGCUUCCUGCUGCAGGAGGCGCUGGAGCAACGCUGCCCCCUGCUGGCUGUGAUGGCCGCCUGCCAACAGGGGGCGGAGCUUGUGCCGUGCCUCUGUGUGUGGGUGUUGACCUCCAUCGAUGAUGUCACGUUCGGAGAGGCCACCUCCCACCUGGCCGACGCCCCCCCCCACCACCAGUGGACCCUGCACGACCUGUCAAUCAUCUGGAAGACGCUGCUGGGGCGGGGCCACGUCCGGCCCCUGCUGCGGGGCUUCAGGCUCUUCCAGAAGGACUGUCCUCUGGUGCUGGUGCUGCAGAUGUUUGAGAUGUGUUGUGACUACAGGAACUUCUCCGAGGCCAAAGCCAGGCUGCUGGACUUCCAGAGGACCCUCGUCUCUCUGCGGAGCGGCUCCCCGAGCCCGGCGGGGGGGGGCCUCCCCCUGCAGUGGGUGGAGAGCCAGGCGUCGGUGCUGCUGCUCUCCACGCUGCAGCGAUGCUCCUCGCCGUUUGACCUGCACCGCCUGCUGCUGCUGCUCGCUGACGUCGACCAGCUGCUCAAAUCCAACGGUCUGGACUUCAGGAAGCUGAGUCAGCUGAGUCAGCUGCUGCAGGGGUCAGAGGUCAGCCUGCCCCCCCGCUUGCUGCAGUGCACCCCUCCCUCCGUCCAGCAGCAGGAGCUGCAGUCGGUGGUGGACGCUCUGCAGGCGGGGGGGCACUACAGCCAGGCCCGGCAGGCGGCGCUGCUGGGGGGGCUGCCGGUGCACCGCCUGCUGCUCACUCAGCUUCUGCAGGAUGUAAACUCCCAGAAGUCCAAGCGGCAGUGGAGCCGUUUGGAGACCCGGGUUUCUCUCUGGAGGAAGUGUCACGAGCAGCUGCAGGCCGACGGCAGCGACCCGGAGUCGGCCUCACACUUCUUCCUGUCGCAGGCGGAGGAGGCCGGGGGGGCGGAGCUGCUGGAGGUGCAGGAGCGCUGCCUGCUAUUCCUCCUCUCUGCCCACUGGCUCUCCAGGCUCCUCCCGGCACCCAGGGCCCGCUUGGAGCGCCUGGAGAAGCAGCUGUGGGCGGGCCGAGUGAGGGGGCGCCUCCUCGCCGGUGCCGCGGAGAAAGAGAGCGUCUUCAACCUGCCUGUCCCGCCGGAGAGCAACUCCUACGAGCUGCUGGUGAAGGAGUUCAGCUUCUCCAGCAUCCCCAGCAUGAACACGGAGGAGGGCCUCAGCGUGGAGGAGGGCCUCAGCGUGGAGGAGGGCCUCAGCGUGGAGGAGGGCCUCCACGCGGAGGAGGGUCUCAGCGCGGACAUGCUGAGUCCAGAGGAGAGGUCCAUUCUGGGAACGCUGGUGGAUCAGCUGUUGGAUGAAGGCAGCAUCCAUGAGGCCAGCAGGGUGUGCAGGUACUUCUCUCUGCAGCACGAAGACAUGAAGCUGGUGCUGCGCUGCAGGGGGGUCGCCUCCGGAGACCUGCAGCUGCCAACACCAGAGGAUAAGGUGGAGGAGGAGGAGGAGGAGGAUCUGCAGAAGAAGAUCUCCAGCUCCCCCUCCUUCAGCAGCCUGUCCUCCUUCGUGGUGCUCCCCCUCCCUGAAGACCUGGUUGCCGUGCAGCUGCAGAGACUGGUGGAUCAGUGCCGGCACGGAAACAACUUCUGCAGACAAGUCCUCAGCCUCUACCAGCUCUCCAAGGAGCUGCAGGUGUCCUUCAAGCAGAUCCACAGCGAGGACCCGGGCUCGGUGCUGCAGAAGCUGCUGCAGUCGGAGCAGCCGGAGCGCUUCCGGAAGGCCCGGGCUUUCAUCCGGGCUCAGAGCCUGUCUGCAGAGAGCGUGUCCGGGCUGCUGGCCUCCACCCUGCUGCAGGCGCUGCUCGCAUCCACCCAGGAGCUGCAGCCCGAGUGUCAGGUGUUCAGGCCUGCAGAGGGGCGGGACUCCCUGCUGUCACUCAUCAAACUCUGUGAGGAUCCCAACCUGGUGGGAGAGAAGCUGCUGCAGAACCUGAGCCACGUUCCCCUGAGAGAGCUGAGCUGCAUCGUGGAGCUGCUGAUCGUGGCUCACGACUGCUUCAGCCUCACCUGCAACAUGGAGGGCAUCGUCCGAGUGCUGCAGGCUGCCCGACACCUGAGCCACGCCCACCUGGCCCCCCGAGAGCACUACGGUCUGCUGGUCCGUCUGCUCACAGGGAUCGGCAGGUAUAAUGAGAUGACAUACAUCUUCGACCUGCUGCAUCAGAACCAUCGCUUCGAGAUGCUGCUGAGGAAGAAGAUGGACACAGACAGAGGACAGAGCUCCAGCCUGAAGACGGCUCUGCUGGACUACCUGAAGCGCUGCCUGCCUGCAGACAGCGAGAAGCACAACAUGGUGGCGCUGUGCUUCAGCAUGAGGAGGGAGAUCGGAGAGAACCACGAGAUGGCAGCCCGAACGCAGCUGAAGAUCAUCGAGUCUCAGGCCUGGGUGGUGACUCCUGAGCUGAAGAGUUCUCUGGUCAAAGUGCUGGGUCUGCUGAAGGACGCUGCAGAGAGCUUCUCAAAGGACUCGUGUGUGCGUCAGGCCACUCGCUGCGUGCGGACGGCGAAGCUGGUGGCUCUGCAGCUGCACUUCCUGAAGCAGGGCUCGGAGCUGCAGCUCAUCAACCUGCACCCUGCAGAGCUGCUGAGCGCCGUCACCGCGCUGCCGAGCUGCUUCCAGGUGUUGGUGGUGUCCGAGGCGUACGGCUACAGUCCGGACUGGCCUCAGAUUUUGUUCCAGAAGGUGAUCCUGAGCGGAGACUUCGUUUACCUGGAGGACUUUAAACGCCUCCGCCCCCUCACCUCCGCCCUGUUCGAGGACAUUUUCAAAAGGCUGGACGGGGCUCCCAGCAGUGUCACUAACGCUCGCUGCCUGCUCUCUCACUGUGAAGACGUGUUCAGCCGCUACAGGCUGGCCUACCAGCAGAACCUGCUGGACGUCAGCAAUGCUCUGCUGCAGGACACACACACCUCCGGAUACCUGAGGGACCGGCUGGCCAGCUGAGCCAAUCGGCCUGAGAACCAAUGACUGGAAUACGGAGCUGCAGGGAUGGGCGUUUCUGUGCUGGUCCCUGAAGGCAGCGUCUCUCUGGUCCAAUGGUUGCUCCAUGUGAUUUUGGAUUCACACGUUUAAUCCAGAGGGGCGUUUACUGACGCAUUUCACGUGUUAACCACACACCUUCAGAAAACCAUUGACCUUCGACUAGGGGACAGGAAGUGAUUAAAUGCUGACUCAUGUCAGGGUUGAGGACUCAUUCCUGCAUCUCUGACGUGUCUCUCUUUGAUACUGAUGACUCAAAACCUUGACAAAAUAAUGAAAUUAAACUUUUGAAAUGUGCAUUAAAGACACUUUUCAUGUGUGUGAAUGA